AUGUCUACUGUUAGGGCAUUUAGUCGUAAUUUACCAUAUAUAAGACAACAAUUUAAUGCGUUAUUAGGAAAUACGUCAACAUCUGUUAAAUUUAUAUGUAUAGUAGUUAUAUUUGGUUAUAUUUUAUCAUACUCCGAUGAGGCCGUUAAAGUAUUAAGUGUCACACCAGGUUAUAUUUUACCACCAUCCUUUUGGAUUUGGACUACUUUUACGUUUUGUUUUUUAGAAUUACAUUUUUGGGAAGUUUUAGUUGAUAUAAUAACUGUAGGAUUAUGUGGAAAGUUAAUGGAGCCCCUAUGGGGCCAAAUGGAAAUGCUUACGUUUUUUGCAAUAACCAACAUUGGUGUAGGUGUAUUAACGUCAGCUUAUUAUUUAUUUUUAUACAUGUGCACGGCUAAUACAGACCUGCUAUUUUUUGUUCAUAUUCAUGGGUUAGCUGGUUAUAUAGCAGCAGUGAGCGUAGCUGUUAAACAAAUUAUGCCUGAGCAUGUACUUGCUCACACACCUAUUGGAAAGAUAUCAAAUCGAAAUAUACCACUUAGCGUUCUUGUAUUAUCAUUAUUACUUUGGGCCUUGGGUCUACUGGAUGGUACUCAUCCAGCAAUGUUUUGCUUUGGCCUGAUUGUUAGUUGGAUUUAUUUGAGAUUUUACCAAAGACAUUCCAAUGGCUUGCAAGGUGAUACUGCAGAAAGCUUCACAUUUGUAAGUUUCUUUCCAAACGUUUUGCAACCGCCAAUUGCUGUAAUUGGGAAUUCUGUAUUCAGCCUUUUUGUUAAAAUUGGAAUUUGUAAGAACAGAGCUUCUAGAGGACUACCACAAACAACUUCAUCUAUUCACAUACCUCUAUCUGGUGUAGAUCCUCAUGAUAUGGAAAGAAGAAGGCAAAUAGCACUAAAAGCUCUAAGUGAACGAUUAUCAAAAUCUCAAGACCCAUCUAGACAAAUGCUACUACCUAAGCCAAUUCCAAUGGGAAAUUCCUUCAAAAACACUUCACAGACCGCAAGACAACAUUCUCAAUAUGCUCCAUCUAAAGAUCACAUUAGCAAGCAAGGUUUUAAUUUUAAAAUAGAAGAAAGAACAACCCAAGCAUCAGAUUCAAGAAUGCCCAUGAACCCCACAUCUGAUACAGUUGUUAGUAUACCUGACCCUGAUGUAUAUAAUAAUGAAAACAAUAAAGGGUAAUCAUCUAUCAAUAAGCAAUAUUACUUUUGUUUAUAAGCUAAAAUUAAAAUUUUGUUUGUUUGUUCUAAUUUUAAAUUGCAUAAUUUUUUAAAAUAAUGUUUGGUAGGUACAAAUUAAGUAACAAAUCAUUAAUAUUAAUAUAUACCAACAAUAGUAAUUAGGAAUUUUUAAUUUAAAUCAUUCAUUAUUAAAUCACUUCAUUACUUCACCAGCAUUCAAUUUAUUGUAAAUACUAAGUGUAAAUUGGUAAUUGUAUCAAAAAAAUAUA